CACUUCAGGCCCUCGUCAAAUCCAACGAGCAGCACAAAAAUAAAACCCUCGCGGGGGCGAAUGCGAACCUCGCUCUUCUCUCGCCUCCCGUCCUUCGCCGCUCCCAAAACCUCCACCGCCCUCAACCUCUCUCUCAUUCCUCGCUCUCCCCUCGCCUCCCAACCCCGAACCAGCCUCUCGAGCUCGAGCCCGCAGAUGGAGGGCGACGCGUACACUUUUGGUCCGUACAAGAUCCACAAGAGCGAAGUGUUCUUCUCAUCUCCCCUCUCCUAUGCCAUGGUCAACCUCCGCCCUCUUGUCCCUGGUCAUGUGCUUGUGUGUCCAAGACGUGAAGUCAAGCGCUUUAUUGAUCUCACUGCUGACGAGACUACUGACUUGUGGCUUACUGCAAAGGAAGUUGGAGGCAAACUUGAGCAGUAUCAUGAAGCAUCUUCCCUGACCUUUGGUAUCCAAGAUGGACCUCAAGCUGGCCAAACAGUUCCUCAUGUGCACAUUCAUGUUAUUCCACGGAAGAAAGGUGACUUUGAGAAAAAUGAUGAAAUCUAUGAAGCUAUGGAUGUCAAGGAAAAGGAGCUGAAAGAUAAGCUUGACCUCGACAUAGAAAGGAAGGACAGAAGUUUUGAUGAAAUGGCUCGUGAAGCUGAUGCAUAUCGAGUUCUUUUCUCAUAGGCACAACUACUGCAUACAAUAUGGUACAUCUUCAUCGGACUAAUUUUUCAUUUGUGAUACUGAUUUUAAUGAGUAAUGUUUUGGCUGGUUGCGCCCAUGGUAGGUCAGCAGUAUGGAAGAUUUGAAUGAAUUGAACAUGUUUUACUUUGAUUCUAAAUAUGCUAUGUUCAUUUGAUGUGGUCUGCAUUGUAAACCAUAAAAAUACAGGGUUUAAAACUUGUUAUUGCAAAAUUGAAGGUACAUUUCUUUGUUC